AUGGAGAAUGCUUCCAACCACAGCUGGGAGGCCUGGGACCGCCAGGGACCGCUCAGUGGCUUGAGGGUGUUGGCAGGAUGCUUGCUGUCGCUGUUGGUGCUGAGCACCCUGGUGGGCAACAGUGUGGUGUGCCUGGCCAUCCUCCGGUUCCCCCACCUCCGGACCAGAGCCACCAACUGGUUUGUGCUUUCCCUGGCCUUGUCUGACCUUUGCGUAGGACUGCUGGUCAUGCCCUGGAAAGCGGUCACAGAAGUGGCAGGCGGGGCGUGGCUCUUUGGCAGCACCUUCUGUGACACCUGGGUGGCCUUUGACAUCAUGUGCUCCACGGCUUCCAUCCUCCACCUCUGCAUCAUCAGCCUGGAUCGCUACUGGGCCAUCGCCAACCCUUUCUGCUAUGAGCGGCGGAUGACACAGUCCCUGGCCUUCACGAUGAUCACCUUGGCUUGGACUCUCUCUGUCCUCAUUUCCUUCAUCCCGGUCCACCUCCACUGGCACAGCGCCGAGGCGACCCCUGGCUUGCUUCCCUAUCACUGUGACACGCGUCUCAACCGUACUUACGCCAUCGUCUCCUCCUUGGUCAGCUUCUACAUUCCCGUCUCCGUCAUGAUUGGGAUGUACGCGCAGAUAUUUCGCAUUGCUAAGGCUCAGAUCCGUCGCAUCUCCACCUUGGAAAGGGCAGGUGGCCUGGGCUUGGUCAAGGGGAAGGAGCCGGUUUCUUCUCUGCGCAGCUCACUGUGCAAAGAAACUAAGUUGCUUCAAACCUUGACCAUCAUCUUAGGAGUUUUUGUCUGCUGCUGGCUGCCAUUCUUCUUGCUCAAUUGCCUGUUGCCCUUUUGUGACACAGCGUCCAAGGACAGAAGCCCUGAGCAGCUGACCUGCGUCAACCCAUCUGUCUUCAAUAUUUUCAUGUGGCUUGGCUGGUCCAACUCCACCAUCAACCCGGUGAUCUAUGCUUUCAAUGUAGACUUCCAGCGGGCAUUCAGGAGCCUGUUGGGCGGCCACCAUUUUCCUUGCUGUACUCCCAACCGUUCUGCCACCCAGAGAGUCCAUCUGAGUGGUGAGUUGACCUCCUACCCACACAGAAAAGAUGAAGGUUCCCCUAUGUCCUUACCUGCACAAGCCAUUGUGGCUUGGAAUGAGCCACUCCCCUCCACAGCAAGCAUCCAAGAAGAGCACUACGGAAGGCUCAUAUCAGAGAAAGAGAUGCGUCCAUCCUCUCCAAGGGCUUACAGAAGCAGUUCCAAUAUGCCAGUUUUGCUACCUUUUCAGUGUGAGACUGAGCUAAUUCUGGAAACGGAUAUUUUCCAUGAUGGAACUUAG